UCAUGGAGAACAAAGACCCUGCCUCACCUGGAGAAGCUCCGCCUGGCUGCUCUUUCCUUAGUGCUGUGGGGCUGAUCACCGGAGACAUGAGGCUCUUUGGGGAGUGGGUCAAAAGACAGGUGCUCGUGGUCCAGCUGCUGGACUGGGUUCUGAGAGGCGUGGCUCAGGUGAUGCUUUUGAACAACCCGGUCAGCGGACUCCUCAUCGUGGGCGGACUCUUCCUGCAGAACCCGUGGUGGGCUCUGAACGCUCUGAUCGGCACCUUCAUCUCCACAGUGUCUGCUCUGCUGCUGGGACAAAACAGGGGGGCCGUCUCCGCAGGUCUGCACGGCUACAGUGGCACGUUGGUGGGCAUGCUGAUGGCUGUUUUCUCUGCAAAGGGAAGCUGGUACUGGUGGCUUCUGCUGCCCAAUGUGUUCAUGUCCAUGUUGUGCCCGGUGGUCUCCAGUGCUUUGUCCUCAGUGGUCGGUAUAUGGGACCUCCCAAUCUUGACACUGCCCUUCAACAUCCUGCUGUGUGUCCAUGUGGCAGCGACAGGAGGAAAUCACCCCUACUUCCCUCAGGUGGAUUUCAAGCCAAAUGACCAUCUGCUCGCUCUGAAUGAGUCCGUGCAGAGCCUGGAUAUCUCUAAGCUCUUCCUCUCGGUGCCGGUGGGAGUGAGCCAGGUGUACGGCUGCAGCAGUCCGUGGACAGGAGGUGUGUUCCUGCUGGCUCUGCUGCUCUGCUCUCCAAGAAUCUGCCUCCACGCUGUGUGCGGCUCUGCUGCCGGCAUGCUGUCCGGUAAAACUCAUUCACCCAUUUGCAUGAAAGGAAAUGCAUAAUUCACGCUGAGGCUCCAGCAGGGGCUAACAAACCGUGACGUGUUUCCUCCAAAUACCCAGUUAU